AUGUUCCAGGGAAACGACGUGCAACUCGAAUUUGUCCGCAUUGAUCCUUUUGUGCGCACCACCCUCAAGAACAGUAAUGGAGCCCUUACUACGACAUUCAAAUUACCCGACGUUUAUGGAGUGUUCAAAUUUGUGGUUGACUAUCGCCGCACUGGUUACACACACUUAUAUGACAUGCAACAAAUGUCGGUGAGACCAUUGUGGCACACUCAAUAUGAGAGAUUUAUUCGAUCGGCUUAUCCGUACUACGCUUCAUCAUUCUCGAUGAUGAUCGGUCUUGUGCUCUUCUCGUUCAUCUUUCUCCAUUACAGAGAGCCAUCCAAAGGAGAUGCUGCUCAACAGAAGAAAACCAAC